AUGCUGGAGCUUCUUCAGCCUCUGCUCGAGCCUCUGAUAGCUCCUGGUGUGAAGACGGCUUCUGAACAUUCUGUGCGAGCGGUGCGGGACGCACCGAGGCUCGGAGCGGCGGCGGCGGGGAGCGUGGGGCUGCAGAGCAGCGGGGCGGGAGGCGGGGCCGGACCGGGAGGGGAGGGGAGGGGAGGGGAGGGGAGGGGAGGGGAGGACCGGCAGCCCCGCGGCUGCGGAGAGGCGCGGGCCAUGGAGAGCGGCGGGGCGCUGAAUGGCUCUGCCGCCGCCUCCGGGCGCUUCGCAGCCGUCGGCACCGCGGCGCUGGGCGCCCUCAUGGCUUUGCUGAUCGCCGUCACCGUGGCCGGCAACGCGCUGGUGAUGCUGGCUUUCGUGGCGGACUCCAGCUUGCGCACCCAGAACAACUUCUUCCUCCUCAACCUGGCCAUCUCGGAUUUCCUAGUAGGUGCCUUCUGCAUUCCUUUGUACGUGCCCUACGUGCUGACAGGGAGAUGGAUCUUCGGGAGAAGCCUCUGCAAACUCUGGCUGGUAGUUGAUUACCUGCUCUGCACCUCUUCGGUCUUCAACAUCGUGCUGAUUAGCUAUGACAGAUUUCUCUCGGUGACAAGAGCGGUCUCCUACAGAGCCCAGCAAGGCAACACCAGGCGAGCAGUGCUGAAGAUGGUGAUGGUGUGGGUAUUAGCAUUCCUGCUUUAUGGACCUGCCAUUAUCAGCUGGGAGUACAUCUCGGGGGAGAGUAUCAUACCCACUGGGGAAUGCUAUGCUGAGUUUUUCUACAACUGGUACUUUCUCAUGACAGCCUCCACGCUGGAGUUUUUCACCCCUUUUAUCAGCGUAACGUUUUUCAACCUGAGCAUUUACCUGAACAUACAAAAGCGUACCAAAUUACGCCUGGAUGUUUUCCACGAAGUGCACAACCAGCCUUUUGCUGAAGAGAUGGAAAUGAGUCCAGAAACAAAGUUUGCUUCGAAAUGCUGCAAGUGGGAGCAGAAGGAGCCAGCUGAAACCCUCGGCCUCUCUAAGAGUGAAGCACAAGCAGCAGCUUCCACCGGUGCAAAAGACCUGCUGACAGCCAGCUCGGGGAGAUCCCAGUGCUGCAAUAAAAAGGGCUGUAAGAAUUCAGCAUCCGCGCUGUCCUUAGAGAAAAGGAUGAAGAUAGUCUCCCAGGGCAUGACCCAACGCUUCAGGCUCUCCAGAGACAAGAAAGUAGCCAAAUCGCUGGCAAUCAUUGUGGGUGUUUUUGGCAUUUGCUGGGCGCCAUACACCCUCCUUAUGAUUAUCCGUGCUGGCUGCCACGGCCACUGCAUCUCUGACUACUGGUACGAGACUUCCUUUUGGCUGCUGUGGAUCAACUCAGCUGUCAACCCUGCCCUAUAUCCUCUCUGUCACUACAGCUUCAGAAGAGCUUUUAUUAAACUCCUCUGUCCAAAGAAGCUGAAGAUUCAACCUCAAGAUCCCCUGCAGAACUGCUGGAAAUGAAGCAAUCCUUGGGUGUGGGAAAGCCUUUGUAACAGGCGUAGCAUUGCUUCUCCAGAAGCUGGGAUCACUGCUCUGCAGCACACGAGGAAGGCAGCUGGGAGACCACUGUUCACUUAUGCCAGUUCAUCACCGACAAACCCAAGCAGAACAGAGGAGGGAGGAGGUUGGGUUUUUUCCAUUUUAACGUUACCCAUAGGCAGUGAUGUGUCCUCCACCUGCACAGCAGAGCUUUGCUGCCACCUAGUCAGCCUGAGCAGCACCAACGUUUUGUUGAAAUAAGAAACCCAGAAAAUGAAUGCCUGCCCCAAACCCACCGGACUAAACUCACGUUUAAACCAUUAAACUAAAGGUUACGUGAUUGCAAACCUGAUUUUUACUGAGAAUGGGUUUUGUUUUGUUCUCUUUGCACUUAAGUUAUUACGAGAUGAUACAGCAAGAAUGAACCACAGAAAGAAGGAAUGCCUCAUUUAUCAUUACUUCUACAGCAUCUACAGCCAUAAUGUAGAUCCUCACUGCAUAUGGUGCAAGGUAUGUCCUUCCCACUCUCCAAGAAGGGGCACAUCUCUGCCCCAAGCAGUCUACAGCCAGACUGAGCUUACAGCCAGGCUUCCUUUUAAAGCAGGAGACCUUGGUCAAGCUGAUCUAAGCAACACAAUUAUCAUUUUUUAAUUGUCUUUUUUAAGCAAUCAGCCAGCUUUUUCCACAGACAGAACAUCAGAUUCAAGAGACCAGGGCUCUAACCUAGCAUGAGAUAUUGGGCAUUUUAUUUCUGCUUCCCAUCUCAUUCUUUGUCAUACUUGCCCACGUAGACUCAAUAAGCUCUUUGGGAACAGGCAGCAUGGCCACAAAGAAAAGACCAACUCCCAUCUCUGCGGGCACUGCUCACUGCUGUAGUAAUACAAAUACAUCAUCAGUUGCCAUGGCAAGCACUCGUGUUGAACAGUAUUGCAAAGGAAGCUUGAGGUCAUAAGUCUGAAGACUACAUUUAUAAAUGGAAACCCAGUUGCUGUGAAGUUGUACCCACAAGCUUGUGAUGCUGUGAUUGCCAAUUACACUUAGCUGUCGUAAACAGUUUCUUGGCUGUUGCUAGGAAUAAACAAAAAUGCCAUCCUACUUUAUUCCAGUGAUGUUUGUUGAGUAGACCAAUAUUGUCAUCUGAAGUCAGGUUUAAAUGAUGUCUUGUUCUGUGUAUAUGAUAUUGCAGUCUUGUGACAAGUUCCAUCAGGCCAUAAAAUAUGAAUUCAGAUACAUGUUUUGAAGUGUACUGAGAAGUGCCAGUAUGCACUGCUGAGCCUCGUGUACUUUCCUGUGUCCACUACCUUCUGAGAACGCCAGUAAAGUACUUUUAUACAAAUAAUUCAUGGUAAGCAGGACGUCGUUAGAAAUGAUGAAAUCCAACAUGUAUGAAUUAUGAAAGCAAAACCUGUAUCUAUUUGUCUGAGGAGACAAUGGAAGCCAAUAAAGAAAAGGCUCCUGAAAAAGCUGCAUUUCUUUUACUGCUGAUUAAAUGGGGUCUGGAUGUCACACAAAG